GCUCUCAAUUUUUCAUUUCAAUCAGAAACCUCGACGCGAACGCACGCAAAAUUCGUGUGCGGAACGAAAAAAACAUAAAUAUUUAUAAGUGGCCCGAAGGCUUAUUCAUACCAAAAUAUCCAGCGAUUGAGUGGCGCGCGUAACUUGUGGCCGUGUGAUAAGCCAAUUGAUAAAGGAAGUGACGGUACCCGCAUAUUAUCAACAAACGCGAAAUGGCACUGCAAAAAAGUUUAGCCUUCUACAGCGCGCUUCUUUUGGUUCUGCUGCUGGCUGAUUCCCAAGCCAAGCCCUCGCAGGAUUUGAGUGCAACGCAAACGGAGCUAAGUGAUCUAAGGGGCGGAGGAGGCGGAGGAGGACUGUCCAAAAAUAAGACAGCUGUCGUGGAGGAUACUUCCUCAAAUUCCGACUCUGAAGCGGAAUCGGAGGAACAGCCAAGGCGAUCGUAUCCCCAUCGCGAUGAGGACCAACUGAACUCGGCCACCAACGUGGUGCUGGCCCAGAACUACAAGUACGAUGUGGAGAUCCUGGAAUCUGGAGAUGCAGACCAGGAUGACAGCAACAUGGACGACGAUGAUGAUCUGGAGGAGCGCUUCAAGGGACGUGGUGUUGUCUUCAGCACGGAUACCGACACCUUCGCCUCCGAGAACAUCGAGAUGACCCCGGUGGACGUGCAAUCGGAUGCGGUCAGCCAGGGGCACGUGCUGCUCGGCAUCGUGGUGGUGGCACUGGCCUUGGUCUCCAUCUGCCUGUACGCCGGCCUGGUCAUAUGGCGCUCGCACCUGGAGCAGCGGUACGGCAUGCGCGAGCGGUUGGUGAACCGGGACCUGGAGGAGGAAGCGGGUGGCGACGACAUCGAUUAUCACGUUUAUGCCCCAACCACCACGCCCAGGGCGUAGCCCGUCUAAAAAAUCUGGUCCGAUUUGAUCCGAUCCGGUGUACGGCAAUUGGACCUGCUUUCGGUUUAAAGUGCGCACUCAUCGCACAAUUUAAACGACAAACCCAGCGACAACGAGGAUGGAGAGCGCGCUCAAACGUCUAAUGAAUGCCAUAAAUUUCCACGACAAGCUGAAAAGCAUUCCGCUUCCCAAUUACACUCUAAUGGCGAUGCUAAAGGUCAAAUCCGAUUUCUAGCAGCGCAGUUGACAAGCGCCAAUUAGUUAGUAAGUUUCUGUGAUAUUGUUCUAGAGAUUCUUUUGUACGUCCUUGCACUAACAAUAUGCAUAGAGCCCACGUUUGUAAUCGAUAAUAAACAAGUAUUUGUAAAUGUAAACGAAA